AUGUUACCUGUCGCCUUGAUUGUGGGAUUGAGUCUCUUAUUUCUCUAUGCAGUUCGUACUCUUCACCAGUAUUGGGUAUUGAGCGAGUUCAAGGGACCAUGGGUGGCAGGAUUCUCAAGGCUGUGGCUGCUGAGAGCCAAUGGCUCAGGGAAGAUGAACAUUGCAUUUACAGAAGUGAAUGACAAGUAUGGAAANGGGCCGACUGCCCGAGUGUCGCCCAACAUGCUCAUUACCACCGACCCUGAACUGUAUAAACGCAUGCACGCUGUGCGUAGUCCNUUUGUUCGGAGCGAAUGGUACACAGCCUUGCGGCUGCAUCCAACCAGGGACAACAUUACAUCCGUGAUCGACGAAGGAGUCCAUGCAGACCUUCGCAAUCGCAUGUCGACUGGAUACUCUGGCAAAGAGAACUUGCACAUGGAAGACGAUGUCGACUAUCGCUUGUUGCAACUCUUCGACCUCAUCGACUCCAAGUAUGUUUCCUCGGAAAAAGAUUAUCGUCCCGUCGACAUCUCACGCCUCUACUCCUACUUUACUCUAGACGUUAUCUCAAGCAUUGCCUUUGGACAAGAAUUCGGCUUCCUAAAACACGACGAUGACCCCUUUGGCUACAUUGACAAUCUCCAAGAGUUCCUUCCCGCCAUCAUCGUCUUUGGCGCAUACCCCGAGCUUCAAAAGAUCCUGCGUUUACCUCUGCUCAAACACGUCAUGCCCAAAUCAACAGACAAACGCGGUCUAGGUCGCGUAAUGGGAUUCGCCAAAGAGCGCGUCGACGAACGAUUUGGCGACAAGCCAGUCGUACGCCACGAUAUGUUGGGCUCGUUCAUCAAACGUGGACUCACCCAAGAACAACUCGAAUCCGAGACGCUGACGCAGAUUACUGCUGGAAGUGAUAGUACUGCAUCAGCCAUACGCAUGACUUUGCACUUUAUCGCCACUACGCCACACGUGCAUUCGCGUCUGGUACAGGAGUUCAAGAAUGCUAUGGCAGCGGGAAAGAUAUCCAGACCUGUUGUUCGUGAUGUUGAAGCUCGUGCGUUGCCGUAUUUGCAGGCGUGUAUUAAGGAAGGGUUGCGUAUGUAUCCUCCAGUCACGGGUUUACUUGCCAAAGCCGUGCCACCAGAGGGCGCCACCAUCGAUGGCAAGUUUGUCAAGGGUGGUACGCAGAUUGCUUGGAACUCUUGGGGUAUGCAACGCAACAAGGAGAUCUAUGGCGUGGACCCUGAGAUCUUCAGGCCAGAGCGAUGGCUACUCCGCGAUGCUUCCGAGGCAGAGAAAAAGCGCGUGGAGAGAAUGACAGAGACUGUAGGCUUAGUAUUUGGGUAUGGACGUUUUGGUUGUCUGGGCAGAGGUGUUGCGACGAUGGAGUUGAACAAGGGUAUCAUUGAAACUCUCGUUCGAUACGAACUCCAGCCUGCCAGUCUCUCUAAGCCAUUUGUCGAGCGAUGUGUAGGCUUCUUCUUGCACACUGACAUGAUGUUCCGCAUUACACGUCGCCCGGAUGCGGAUUCUGCUGAGGCCAAUGGAGUGCAUACUAGCUAUGGCGAUGUAGCUGCACUGCCUGGCGCCCCUGACUCUUGA